AUGCCAUCGACAGAGGCGAACACGGUUGAGGACACGCAAUUGGGCCUCACCGAUGAAGAAAUCGCUCUUCUCCGCUACCACCAGACCCAGGCCGGGUCCUCCUCUUCGCGCGCCGCGAGUCGCGCAUCGUCUCAGGGUCGCCUGCUCCUCGACAGCUCGAGUCUCGCGGCGCUAUCGCGGCAUCUGGAUCGGCUUCUGCAGCAGAUACAGCAGCGCAUCGAGUACCUCAGCGAGCAGAGCUCCAUUGUGACUAUGCAGCAGUAUGACCGCGCCGGCAACCUGGUGGACAAUGCCGAUGCUGAGAUUGCGCGUUUCCAGGACAUCAUGAGCCAGAUCGAUGAGCUCGAGGUCGACUUCGAUCGCAUCGCCCAUAUUCGAGACAUCGUACGCGACUACCGGCAGCGUGUGGAGGCUCUAGAACGGGAGCUCGAGCACUCUAGCUCGUCGCGGCGGGACCGCGAUGGCCACCACCGCCAUUCCCAUCGGCACAGCCACUCGCAUCGAGCCGAAGGCGGCUCCUCGGGACGGAGGCAUCGACAUUAA